CAACAUUCAUUCUUACAAUAUUAUGAAGGCUUUUGUUAUCUCAGCUCUAGUUGGUCUGGCUUGUGCCACUCCUGAUGGUGGAGCUCACGCUCACCCCCAUGCUGUUCAUCAUGCUCCUGUUCAUCAUGUAGCCCAUGCUCCCGUCCACCAUGUUCCCGUCCACCAUGCUCCAGCAUACGCCCCAGCUCCAGCAUACGCUCCCGCUCCAGCAUACGCUCCCACCCCAGCAUACGCCCCCGCCCCAGCAUACGCCCCCGCCCCUGCUCCCUAUCACGCCCCUGCCCCUGCUCCCUACCACGCCCCUGCUCCCUACCACGAGGAGAAGGAGACCCCUGAACCCUACUCUUAUACCUAUGGAGUAGCUGAUGAUUACUCUAAGGCUGCCUUCAAUGCUGCUGAGACUGCUGAUGCUAAUGGUGCUGUUGUUGGAGAAUACUCUGUUGCUCUUCCUGAUGGCAGAACCCAGCAUGUCAAGUAUACCGCUGAUCACUACAACGGAUAUGUUGCUGAUGUUACCUAUGAGGGUGUCCCAGUCUAUCCUGAGGCCAAACCUUAUGCUCCUGCACCAGCUUAUGCCCCAGCCCCUGCCUACCAUGCCUAAAUGUUUUUUUCUUCAAUAUUUAAUAUUUAUUGAUAAUAAAACAAGAAACCCUUUUA